AUGGCCUUUGCCCAGCGCCCGGCAGCGGGGGCUGAAAUGGACCGGAACUGUAGCUUUGCCCACAGCAGCCGACAUGCUCCCGUUAAGGAUCUCCUCCAGCCCUGUCCAGAAGAGAAAAGGAAACACAGGAAGACGUGCCUGGUGCUGAGCCCCAGUUCUUACUUCAUGGAUGUGAAAUGCCAGGAAAGCUAUAAAAUCACCACGGUCCUUAGCCACGCACACACGGUAGUUCUGUGUGUUAGCUGCUCCACUGUCCCCUGCCAGCCUACAGCAGGAAAAGCAAGGCCUGUAGAAGAGUGUUCCUUCAGGAGGAAGCAGCACGAAAACACCCUGAAUCAAGAUGAGUGGAAAUCAUCCCAAUAA